AUGGGCUGGAACACCAGCACUGCACUCGUCAAGACAUCGGCUCCGGCUCAGCUGCCACCACAACUGCGGCUAGCUCAAGCCGUGUCCGAGUUUGCGCAAGCCCUGGAUAAGGAGAGGAAAAGGGACUUCAUGAGAUUACAAGCGCAAUGCGCUGGCUCAGCUCCCACUGCGUCUGACGUCAUGAAGGUCACUGAGGAGUUAAACCGAGAGGGUGCUCGGCGACACGCCUCCUGGACACCGGCUGGGACACGACUUGGCGGUUUUCUCGAUCGGAUCCAGAAAUACGCAGAGGCUGGAGACGUGUUGAUUGGAGGCUCACAAAGUCUUAUUGCCUCAGGAGUAUGGACGGCGCUGAGGGUAUCUCUUCAGGCAGCGAUUGGGCACUAUGCUUACUUUGACCAGGUAUCAUCUUUGCUGAUGAAACUGACGCAAUCAUGGUCCAUCACCACGGAGUUCGCAAAGCACUUCCCCAACUCAAUCGAGCUACAGGGCUUGUUUGCCGAGUACCUUACUAGAGUCGUCCGUCUCUGUCACCAGAUAAUCGAGGUCACCAAACGACCAUCAUACCUGCUUCUAGCGUCUUCCAUAUUUUCGACCUUCGACAAUGAGUUUGGGGCAAUUCAGCAAGAGCUGAACACGUACGGAAAUCUGAUCGAGAAACACUUUGCUAUACUUACGAGCACCCAAGUCGUAGCCGGACAGCAAGCGGCAAGGAAGGAGACAAAGGGAAUUCUACAGCACAUUUCCAAGUCACGGAAAAGACAAUACACACUCGAACAAAGGCAAAGAUUUUUGCACCAUCUGUCUCCCAGACAAGGCCAACAGGAUGCAAUAUGGAGACGAGAAAGAAAGCGCGGAACAGCGAGUUGGAUUCUUACCACGCCCGAAUACAAGUCCUGGAAAUCGGGACUCCAGUCUGUGUUACGAGUUACCGGGCACCUUGGCUGUGGCAAAACUGUUGCCCUUGCUACCAUCAUGGCUGAUGCUCCAAUGGAAAACAAGACCUACGCUGGCUUCAUCUGCAAAAGAGAUGAUCCAAACACGUUGGAAGGGCUAACUAUUCUUGGCAGCAUUGCCCAUCAGCUGGUGCAGUCUAGCUUGGUCCGCCAGCGGUGGGAGACAUUGAUCCAACAGAGUCCCGAUACUUUCCUAGUGUCAUGGACUAUAUCCUCAUUUAUGCACCUUCUAGAAAAGCUCUUGCCCAAGAACGAAACCUUCCAUAUCAUAUUCGACGGACUGGACGAAUGUGCGCAGGAGGAAGUUGAACUGGUUUUGCAAGUAUUGCAAGAACUUCGUGCAACACAUCAGAUAUCAGUGUGCAUUUCGGCCAGACUGAACGCAUCGGGGCUUUCUGCCCAGAUGACACAGAAGUACCUUGGAACGGCCGUUACGUUGUCCCUAAAUAACGCAGACAGAGACGGUGAGAUUGGAGAGUACAUCAUAUCAGAGGUACAAAGACGAAAUGCCUCCCGCCUACCGAAAUUGGACGAGGAGCUGGUGGAACAGAUAACGGCGGCGCUGACUGUGGGGGCCCAGGGAAUGUAUCUCUGGGUAUCGCUACAUCUGGAAGCGAUAUUUCCUUCAUACAACGAUGGUGUGGUGACCGACGAGUCAGUGCGAGGAAUAUUACAUCACUUGCCAAAAGAUCUCCCGCAAGCGUUUAACCAAGCCCUUCUUCGAAUUUCUGACCGGCAAUAUGGCGACCGAAUAUUUCAAUUGGUUGCCGCGGCGGCCGUAGUCGACACCCAUCUUACCGGGGAAGAGCUCAAUGUUGCCCUCACUGUUCAGCCUGGCGACCCCACAUGGAACGGGACCAAGCUUCCACGAAGCCCUAAGCAGGUUGUUACUCGCUGUGGAGGAGGUUUGUUGGAGAUCGACGAGGAAGACAACUGUGUUCGAUUCAUUCACCACAGCGUACAGUCACAUUUGUACGGACAAAAGACUGCAAUGGAUGGCAGGGAUCUACCACGGGGCUGGCUUGCAGAUGCGAACUCGUUCAUGGGGUCCGUCUGCGUAACGUACCUCAACUUUGGCGAGUUCGACAGACGCAUGGCUUCGAGACAGGUUAUCGACCCCAACCUUGUCUCCGAGAAGUUGAAGAAAGAAGCGGCAUGUUCCAAUCCCAUUGUGGCCAGCGUCGUUCGACACAUCAAAGGGGACAAACAACGAAAAGUGACACCUGAACAACUGAACAUCUUCCCCAUUCUCCUAAGGGCUCAAGCAAGAGAUAUUGAGGAAAUGCGCUGCUUCUCUCCUUACGCCUCAAGACACUGGGCUGAGCACACUGCUCGGUUAAGUGAGGAGAACGGAAGCAGGAUCGACACACUCUGGAAGGCACUGGCUUAUGACAGACCGCCACACGUCUCAGUUCCGUGGAAUCGUUCCCUAGGCGAAGAAGGAGGGAUGUUGGAGUAUGCCUUCGGGCACUUGCACGAGCAUCUAUAUCGUUGUAUCAUCAACGAGCACCUUGAAGAUGUGGGGAUCAUUACUUUUUCUCGUAGGUUUGUAGUGGACGGGAUUUCCACAACAAAAUGCUUUGCUGGAAAGGAACAACUGGAGUGGCUCAUGAUGAUGAUUGAGAAGUGCCUUGCCAGCCCCUCUUUGAUCGCCGCGGCCUACUGUCUUGCCCUGCUUUAUAUAUACCUAAGAGCCCAGCAAUCCGAGCGGCAGGGCCUAUAUGCACAAAGUAGCUCACUACAACACACGAUCAGAAACCACUGGCCAACGCCGGAUGAAUUGUUUGGGUCUCAACAGGGGCAUAUGGCCACGCAACACCUUCACGUUGAGAAAAUAUCUGUCGAAACCGCAGCAAGUCGCUUAUGGUCCCUAAUCGGAAGGGCAUACCUUGCCUCUCCCACGGUCGCAGUCGAUGCAGUCGGCGAGAUAGCGGUACCUGCUGUCUUGGAGGUCUUGGCUUCAAUGCGGCCCUCGACCGAAAAUCCCCAUUCCAUGGAAGAGCCAUUCUUCGCCUGCCUAGGUGUUGUAGCGAGAACCAAGUAUUCGGACACCUUCUCUAAGCUCUGGGGAUAUGUGUGUGAACAAGGGAUACCUGGCCACAUACAAGACAGACAACAUCUGGGCCAUCGGCUAUUAGAAUAUGCCUGUCUACAUACCGACUUGAACCUAGUCCGAAUGGUCACAAUCCACCAAACCAUUGAGUUACCUCUCUUUGAGAAAACACUGCGCCGAGUCAAAUGCGAAGCUGAGUUAGUAUUCCGCUCACACAUACGCCAGUUCAUGACGCCUACAGGUCAUGUGAUAAAGAGGCCGUCGAUCAAUAGUCAUAUCGAAAGAGACUUUGCCGCUGUUCAGGGGUACCUGAAGAGAAAAGAGCAAGACCUAGCUCUGGCCUUGAUACGAGCAAGCUUUGCAUCUUACCGCCGUCACAACCUGGACAAGUAUGUGGUACAAGUGCUGAGGUUAGUUAUCGUCUCUCGAUGCGACACCGUUCUUCAGAGAAUGCCUCGCCUGCUACGAGCAAUGGAGAGUUGGCCAACAGUCCUAAUCGAUACUAUGGUGACUUUUGCACUCGAACCAACGCGUUCACUUGCAGAUGAAGAUGCUGCAAGCGAAAGAAACAUAUUUUUUGCUUUGCUCGAAGAAGUGAAGAAGUCACCGUCUCAGGACUUGUUUCUCAUCGGCUGGGACGACAGGGCACAAACAAAAUCGGAUUCGGGAUGGACAGCUCUCCAUGCAGCAGCUCUAUGGCAAGGAUAUGCGGUCCAGGCUCUGUUGAUGAUGUCGGCUUCAACAGGCUUGACCGUUCGCCAGACACGAUCUGGCCUCACCCCACUUAUUGUCGCGCUGUGCGGAGAUUUGAACCAAGAAGAUGUCUGCUCGGUGGUGAAUGAUCUGCUGAGCGCUAAGUCCCAUUUUGAGAGCGAGACUUGGCCUUCAGGAGACUCUGAUCCAAAUCCCCCAGUCUCUCCGUUAGACUGCUCAAUCGCGUUACGCUCGCCACGAAUGACACAGAUGCUGGUUCGGCAUGGUAUUGGACAUAAGCCCGGUUCACCCACCGAGACAGAUAACAACGUCCAGACCUACAUCAAAAUAGUUGCGUUGUUAGAGAGCAAGGUUUUGUACUGGGACAAAUAUUCGGCGUGGAGAGUCACAGUCGAAGAGGGCAAAUCGAUUGCAAGUUACUAUGGAAGCUUUGUAAGGACCCAACGUGGCCAAAGAGACCAAAGUGAAGGGGUUAAUCUACUACAAAGGACAGUGCCAUUGAAGGUAUUAUUUUGA